CUCCAUCUCUCUCUCUCCCUCUCUCUCUCUGAGCGAUAAUAACACAGCACAGUCAUGGCGACAGUGACAGUCCAACCGCUCACCCUGGAGCGAGAUGUCAUCAGGGCAAUUGAGCUGCUGGAAAAAUUACAGGAGUCAGGUGACGUCCCAGGUCACAAGCUGCAGUCCCUGAAGAAGGUUCUACAGAGCGAGUUCUGCACGGCCAUUAGAGAGGUCUAUCAGUAUAUGCAUGAAACGAUAACAGUGAAUGGAUGUCCGGAGUAUCAAGCACGUGCCACAGCUAAGGCAACAGUGGCGGCAUUCGCAGCCAGUGAGGGUCAUUCCCACCCGAGGGUGGUGGAGCUGCCCAAGACGGACGAGGGGCUUGGCUUCAAUGUGAUGGGUGGAAAAGAGCAGAACUCACCGAUCUACAUCUCACGCAUCAUCCCUGGGGGCGUGGCUGAGCGGCAUGGUGGUCUUAAGAGAGGAGACCAACUCUUGUCCGUCAAUGGAGUGAGCGUCGAGGGUGAACACCACGAGAAGGCUGUGGAGUUACUGAAAGCAGCCAAGGACAGUGUCAAACUGGUGGUGCGUUACACCCCUAAAGUCCUGGAGGAGAUGGAGGCGAGGUUCGAGAAGCUCCGUACCGCCCGCAGACGCCAGCAGCAGCAGCUGCUCAUGCAGCAACAGCAGCAGCAAAACCUGGCCGCCCAGCAGAACCACAUGUCGUAGGCUGUUCCAAAAGAAGAAAAAGUAGAGGACAUUGGGUGAGACUUAAUCUCACUGACGUGAUGUAAGGAGGUCCGAGAGAUCUCGGAAGAGGAACCUUACUGUUCUCCAGUGAAGACUAUCCUCUUUCAGUCAACUACCUACAACUCAAAAAGGUUGAAAACUCCAUGAUCUGUGUUCCAAAUUGGUGCUUGGAAAAAUGUGGCAUGAUGUCAUAGAGAAAGGCUAGCACUGAGUACAUUGUUUUAUUCUUAUUUGUUCUUAUUUCAGUUGUCUGGAACCAAUCGCAAGUUGUGACCCUCUUAAAAAGUCCCUAUUGUAGUUUAGUGAUAAUGUGAUAAAGCGUUCAACAAUUUGUUUUUAUUUUCAUUAUGUUUUUGUUGCCACAGCGUUGUACAGUAACGAAGGAUUCUUUUGGUGCUGGUGUCUCUGUGAAAAGAAAGCGGUUUUUAUGUCAGUAGUCCGUAAUUGGAUAACACUGAGGUAUUUUAUACCAUAUUGUAGCAAGGAAUAUUUUGUAAAGAAAGUAGAUUUAGCAAUAACAUUUGUUUUGUCGUAUUCUACUGUCAAAGUAUGGGUAAAAAGUGAACUUUAAGCGUAGAAGAUUCGUCUUACAAGGGUAAAGUUAAUAUAAAACUGUAUCUUAUGCACCAUGUGACAUAAGUCAGACUAAACCAUAAACACCAUUUGCACAGAAUUUUCUUAUGAUAUCACUGUAUCACAGUGCCAUUGACAGAGAUUAUUAGAGAAAUUUGGCAUAUUGUAUGGUGGGCAUAUUUAAAGGAAAAGUGUGUAAUUUUUGCAAAUACUCUCUCUGAUCCCACGAUAAUAUACAAAUUUAACCAUAAGUAAAAAGUGUAAACACUGCAUUGGUAUAUUAGAACACUGCAUACACUAUUUGUUUGCGCAUCCAACCAAUAGCGUGAUUUUGGGGAUGGACUUCAUGUUUGGAAACCAAUGGCAUAAAGGGAGUGUUCUGGAAACCUGUUUGAAAGUAGUCCUUAUUUUCACAAUUUUGUUUUGUGGCACAAGUGGUGCGGAAAUUACACACUUGACCUUUAACAGGUCCUGCAUGCAUAACAGCUGUACAGUUUUGAUGCGGUUUUAUGGUUGUGAUGUCACUAGUCCUGAAAUGAAUUCUAAUUCAGAAAUAUUCUAUUUAAGUUCAGACAUAGUUCAUAUUAUGAAAAUAUUUACUUUGAAGACAAACAGAAUGUCAAACACAGAUACAUGAUAUCUACUAAUGGAGGUAAAUUAUAACAGUAUUUUGUUAUGUUAAAGUUCUAUUUUCAAGUUUAUUGUCUUAGAUAAAGAUUGUUUU